CAGGCAGCAUUUCACGUCCCUCGAGCAGACAGUGACUCAAAGUAUCUGCCGCUUUUUCUAGUUCAGCGAUGCAGCCGCACCUCAAAUCUCAGUCCAGACGGGACCGUCUCCUCUCUGAGGGGUCAGCGGGUCAGCAUCACCUCGGGUCACCCGGGUCAUCUUUGCAGUGUGCGCCAGAGCCAGAGUCGAUGUCAACGUGUCUGAGCUGCCACAAGGAAUCUGCAGAGUUAAGUUCAUCCAUAAGCCAUCGAGACUCACACUGUCCUGUUUGCCUGCAGACGGCCAGCUUCCCUGUCCAGACCAACUGUGGCCAUUUGUUCUGUGCUCCCUGUCUGAUCAGCUACUGGAGACACGGGUCAUGGUUGGAUGCUAUCAGCUGUCCUCUCUGCAGACAGAAGGUCAGCGUGCUGUGCCAUCUCUUUAACGAGAGUCGAUCAGACCGACAGUCGAAGGAGGUUCUCGGGGAAAUCACAAACUACAACAGACGAUAUUCUGGAGCUCCAAGACGGGUGACAGACUACCUGUGUGAUGCUCCUCUCCUCCUGCAGUUACUGGCUCGUGGCCUCGGUGCAAUGGGAGGCCUCGUGUGGCUGUUCUUCUUCAGAGUGGCUCUCUGCUGUGUGGGGACAGUGGUGUCCAUCUCUUCCUCUCCUCCCCUGGACACAGAGUCCUCGUCGUUGGCCAGUCCUCUGGAGACAGACCCCUCCCUCUGUGGACUGCUGGGGGUCCUGGAUGACCUGGUGGUCGUCAUCCUGCUCCUCAUCUGCAUUAUCAGCAUCAACCGGCAAAUGGUGUCAGAGAGGGAGGGACACUCUGCGAACCCCACAGCCUCUCAACGAGUGGUGGGGAACUCACUGUAG